AUGACUGGUGUCACUCAAUCCCAAGUUGAUCGGUUAAUUAGCGAACUAGGACCUCAUGUGGAUACAGAAGAACACCGUGUAGGACUUGGCUUGAAGGUGUAUGGAUGGUUUUUGAAGGCUAAACCUGAAUAUAUUUCCAAAUUCUCAAGACUUCAAGGUCUCGAUGAAAGCAACUUUGCGCAAUCAGAAGGAAUUAAAUAUUACUCAAGGACCCUGAUUGAGGCACUUGUGCCAAUAUUGCAAGCAGCAGCUAAUAAAAAUGAAUUGGACAAGCUGUGUUUGAAUGAAGCUGUUCUACACCGAACUCGUCAGGUAUCGGAAGAAACCUUCAAGAAUUCGCUUCCGAUAUUUUUAGACAUUUUUGACCACUAUUUGGAAGAUCCAGCGAAUAAGGAAACAAUGAGGAAAAUUUUGAAAUAUGUAUUUCCGGCAAUCGGUACUCAAAUAUAG